AUGCCUGAUACUAGAGUUGGUUCUCAAGAGCAGGAGAACUCUUUGAGGAAUAUUUCUAGCUUCCCCCAUCUUACAUAUUCACGAGAAGAGAGUCAAACACUGAACUCAAAAUCUUCAUCCAAUCUGAAGAUCAAACAGAAUCCUCCAGAGCAGAGAAGUCAACUAAACGAUGGACUUGAACACCGAAUUGGCAUGAUGGAAACUUCAUUGAGGAGGUUUGCAAUGAUCUUGGAUUCUGUUCAGUGUGACGUAAUGCAAAUAAACAAAGAAACAAAGGAAGUUACCCUAGAGAUGGGAUGCAUAAAGCAGAAGUUGAUUGCUCAGGAUAACUCACUCCAAUUAAUAACCAACGGACAAGAAGAAACUAAGGCAAGAAUUGAAGAGAGCUUGAAAUCUUUAUUGGAACGAAUGAGCAAGGGUACUACAGACCAAGAGAAGUUACAGGAAGUAUAUUCGGUUGUUUCAACCUUGCCUCAGCUAAUUGAAGCUUCUCUACGAAGUCUACAAAUUGAUCUCCAUAACUCCACCACUGAAAUGCAGGAAAUCUCUCGUACUAUUAGAAAUCUUAACGACAAGGAUCUGAUACAGUCUAAUCAAUCUUCAAAGAAUAUUUGCAGUCAGUUUACCAGACCAGAAAUGCAUCAGCCUCCUGCUAAUAAAGGUAUUAUGAGCUUAGAAGAUACUGUAGCUCCAGGGGUAGAAAUGGGAGGUUUGAAGACAGUAAAACAAGUGAAAGUCACCUUUUCAGACAGAAUGUCCAAGAACUACAAGCAAAAGGAACCAUCCAUUAAUGAGUGUGUAAGGGGUGGAAGAGACAAAACAAUUGUCAUUGAAUCUGAUGAAGAGUUUGAGGAAGGUUUCUCCUGCUUGGCUGAAGAAAAGGAAGCUAAUGCAUUGAGCAAAAAGAAUGUCUUAGCUGACAUCAACACAGAAGGAACAAAAGGGGAAGUCACUAACAGAAAGUUAGUUACUAGUGAGGGUCAAGCAGCAGUUAGCCAAGAGAAUGAGGGUGUGAGGAGAAGCACACGAGUGAGGAAGCCCAAUACAAAAUUGGAGGAGUAUGUGCUAGGCCCUCGUCCUCGGCCAAUUGACCUAUUUGCUAAUUUGACCAAAGAAGAAGAAGAAGAAACCCAGCGGAUUUUGCAGAAAGCAAGGAGGCGCAAGAGAAGGUCUCUUAAUGCUGUAAUCAUCAACUGAAAGCAAGACUUUUGCUUUAAGAUGUGGAAGGAAACUCCCAUAUACAUAUACCAUUUCUUGUUUCUUCUAUUUAGCUCACAUGAGGUUCGGAUUUUAUGAAUCCUUAAGUAGCUUUAGCUUCAUUAUUCCAUAGCUUAACACAGAGCACACAAAUUAUUAAUCAUUAAGCUUAUACGAACCUCAUAUGCUU